CGCGCCCGUAAACACCUGGACGUGGCGCCCCGCCCCUUCCGCCCCUUCCGCCCCUUGCGGAUCUGCUUUUCUUCCGCGUUCACCUGAGCGACGAACCGUCGACGACACCCAACCUAACCGAACCCGACCGAUCCCGAAGAACCUGAUGGCUGAAAGCGUGAAGACUGAGCUGGUCAGCGCCAUCUACCUGCAGGAGGUGGGACCGUCGGAGCGGCGGGACGCCGAAAACCACAACCACAAUCAAGAGCAGAUGUUCACGGUGGAGGAAGCGGUGGAGAGCAUCGGAUUCGGGAGAUUCCACAUCUUGCUCUUUGUCAUCAUGGGAAGCGCCAACAUUGUGGAGGCAAUGGAGAUCAUGUUGUUGGCAGUGGCGUCUCCCGAGAUUCGCUGCGAGUGGCGUCUGGAAGACUGGCAGGUGGCGCUGGUGUCAACUAUGGUGUUCUUUGGCUUUAUGGUGUGCGGCGUGAUCAGCGGCUACAUGGCUGACAAAUAUGGCCGCUGGAAGGUGGUUUACGGAGGUUUCGUGUGCAGCGCCUACUUCUCGCUCCUCACCUCCUUCGCUCCGUCCUACACUUGGUUCGUCUUCCUGCGCAGCAUGGUGGGCUGCGGCGUGGCAGGAGUCUCGCAAGGGUACGUGUUGAAGACGGAGUUCAUACCAGCCAAGUAUCGGGCCGUCCUGCUGCCCCUGGCCGCCAUCUUCUGGAUGUGCGGCUCUAUGCUGAUCAUCGUGCUGGGAAUGCUGGUGGUUCCCAGGCUGGGAUGGAGGUGGAUGAUCCGGAUCUCCGUGGCCCCGAGCUUCAUCCUCCUCUACCUCUUCAAGUUCAUUCCCGAGUCGGCUCGCUUCAACGUGUCUGCUGGGAACGCCGCGGCCGCCCUGGACACUCUCAAGUGGAUCGCCAAGAUGAACAAAGCGUCUCUGCCGCCCGGACGCUUGGUGGAGACGCUCGUGAAAGAGAGAGGCAGCUGGAGGGUUCUGCUCAACUCCACCUUCCGGAGGACGUCCUUCCUUCUCUGGUACUCAUGGUUUGUGGCGUCCUUCGCGUAUUACGGCUCGGUCCUGAGCAGUUCGGAGCUUCUGGAGAAGAAUUUGUUGUGUGUGACGGACGGCGACCGCGCGCAUCAGGUCAAACACCUCCUUGAGGGCAGGCAGUGUUACUGUGUCCCCUUCGCGUUCAGCGACUACCAGACGCUCCUCAUCAGCUGCCUGGGCGAGGUUUCACUCAUCCCGGUCAACAUCUUCCUACUGAACAUAUUCGGUCGGCGGCGGAGUUUGAUGGUGUUGCAGCUGGUGUCGGCCUUCUUCUUCCUGAUGCUGAAUAUCUGCACGAGCAUGUUCGGCUUCACGCUCCUUUUGUUCCUGCUGCGCGCUCUGGUCUCCAUGAACUUCACUGUGGUUUACAUCUACACGGCAGAGGUCUAUCCGACUGUAUCGCGUUCGCUCGGGAUGGGUUUUUGUACGUCGGUCAGUCGCAUCGGAGGAAUGAUCGCUCCCUUCAUUGCACAGGGGUGUCAAAUUCACAGUGGGCCAAAAUGACAAAUUGGACAAAGUUGUGGGCAAACACGAUUGAUUGAAAACUGAUGUCAAUAGUUUUUCCCUCCUCUCCAGGUAUGUAAUGUUAAACCUUUUCGUAUGAAACAAAGUUCUGGUUUGCUUACACACUGAAUAUGAAUAUGAAAUCAAAUUUGCAUUGAACACAUCAGUUGUAUUUGUUUCUUAUUUAAAUAGAUAACCCAGUCUUUUGUCUCUCUCUGUCUGUAGCCUUUCAAAUUCUUUUUUUUAAUGGGAGCCUUUUUCAAAGGCCAACAACAAAUAGGAAUGGCCUUCAAUGAAAAUCCACCCUUCAAACAACCUCUGAGUAGAAAAAGUGCGUGAAGAAAGCAUUGAUUGGAGCUACGUUUAUGUUCUAUUCUUUGGGUUCAGCCACGUCGGUUCCGACCGCAAGACCAGCGCGUCUGACCUCGACUUUGGUCAUCGGACGAUCCGCCUCCCGCCCGUCUCGAAAGCUCCGUUUUCCAUUUUGGGGAAGGGGAGGAGUAAAUUACCCCAAGGAGACCGAUAGCACGGUUGCUAACGGCUGCAAGGGAAAAGGAGGAGGCGCUUGAUGGUCUCAACAGACCCGCCGCCACAUUUGCAAAGCAUUCUGGGAAUUGCGUUGCAUGCGCGAUAUACCGGCAGGCCAGCUCUUUUACACAUUUGACAUGUUCUCGCGGGCCAAAUAUAAUUACGCCCUGAGGCCUGAGUUGGACAUGUAUGGUGUAAAGUUUACACCAUACAUUGCCUCUAUGAAUAGGCAAUACAUACAUACAUGCAUAUAUAUAUUCAUACACUGUUUAUCAUUCCUAUAUUAAUAGUUUACACUGUAAACUGUUAAUAUAGGCAAUGAUAAAUAUUUAGCCAGGUGCAGUUGGGGUUUUUUUCACGAUACCCAGCGGGACUUGGACCAUUUCCCCCCCCACCCCAUUUUAAAUUUUUUGGGAUUUUUAAUACUUCACUGUGUGUGUGACAGAGAGACAGUGACACUCGUUCGUGUGUA